UAUUCAUAUACACACACACCAUCGUACAAUCCUCUUUCAACUGGAUUUUGAGUUAUCUACACUACUUAAAAAGAAAAAAAAAAAACAAAAAUGUGGAAGUUGAAGAUAGCAGAAGGGGGGAAUGAUCCUUACUUGUUUAGCACCAACAACUUUGUUGGACGCCAGACUUGGGAGUUCGACCCUGAUGCAGGCACUCCCGAAGAAAAACAACAAGUUGAAGAUGCUCGACGUUGUUACAGAAACAAUAGGAGUAACGGUGUUCAUCCAUGUGGCGAUUUACUUAUGCGUAUGCAGUUGAUCAAAGAGAAUGGUAUUGAUGUGUUGAGCAUACCCCCAGCGAGGUUAACAGAGGACGAGGAAGUGAACUAUGAAGCAGUUACCGUAGCAGUAAAAAAAGCAGUCCGCUUGAACCGUGCUAUCCAAGCAAAGGAUGGCCACUGGCCUGCAGAAAAUGCUGGUCCUAUGUUUUUUACUCCUCCCCUUGUUAUCGCGAUGUACAUCAGUGGAACCAUCAACACACAUUUAACAAGAGAACACAAAAGAGAAAUGAUACGGUUUAUCUACAAUCAUCAAAAUGAAGAUGGAGGGUGGGGCUUUUAUAUUGAGGGACACAGUACCAUGAUCGGGUCAGCAUUGAGCUACGUAGCUCUACGAUUGCUGGGAGAAGGACCUAAUGAUGGAAAUGGUUCGGUUGAACAAGGCAGGAAGUGGAUACUUGACCAUGGCGGGGCAACCUCCAUUCCCUCUUGGGGGAAAACUUAUCUCUCGGUGCUUGGGGUAUAUGAAUGGGAAGGGUGCAAUCCAAUUCCACCAGAAUUUUGGCUUUUUCCUGAAACUUUACCAUAUCAUCCAGCCAAAAUGUGGUGCUACUGCCGGACAACCUAUAUGCCAAUGUCAUACCUGUACGGGACAAAAUUCCAUGGUCCAAUAACUGAUCUUGUUCUUCAACUUCGACAAGAAAUGCAUCCUAUCCCAUAUCACAAGAUAAACUGGAAUAAACAGCGUCACAACUGUAGCAAGGAAGAUCUCUAUUACCCUCAUUCAACAGUCCAAGAUUUGUUGUGGGAUGGUCUUCAUUACUUGAGUGAGCCAAUCCUCAAGUAUUGGCCUUUUACAAAGCUAAGAGAAAGAGGUCUCAACAGAGCAGUUGAACUAAUGCGCUAUAGUGCUCAAGAAGCAAGAUAUAUCACCAGUGGAUGUGUCGAAAAGAGCUUGCAAAUGAUGUGUUGGUGGGCGGAGAACCCAAACGGAUAUGAGUUCAAACACCACCUUGCUAGAGUGCCUGAUUUCUUGUGGUUAGCAGAAGAUGGGAUGACAAUGCAUAGUUUUGGGAGCCAACUUUGGGAUUGUGCACUUGCAACUCAAGCAAUAAUAGCUAGUGAUAUGGUCGAAGAAUAUGGUGAUUCGCUUAAAAAAGCAAAUUUCUAUAUCAAAGAAUCUCAGACCAAGCAAAAUCCUUCUGGAAAUUUUUUGAAAAUGUGUCGGCAGUUUACUAAAGGGUCGUGGACUUUCUCUGACCAAGAUCAAAGUUGGGCUGUCUCAGAUUGCACAGCCGAAGCAUUUAAGUGUCUUCUAUUACUAUCCCAAAUGCCAGAAGAAAUUUCAGGAGAAAAAGUCGAUAAUGAGCGAUUAUACGAGGCCCUUGAUGCCCUCCUUUACUUUCAAAGUCCUAUAAGUGGAGGUUUCGCUAUAUGGGAAAAACCUGUCCCAAAGGAAUUUUUAUGGCAGUGGUUGAAUCCAUCAGAACUUUUUGGAGACAUAAUUGUUGAGAAAGAGCAUGUUGAGUGCACAGCAUCAUGUAUCAAAGCCCUUUUAGCCUUCAAACACUUGCACCCAGGGCACAAGGAGAAAGAAAUAGAAACUUCCGUGGCUAAAGCAAUCUGUUUUCUGGAGGAAAAACAAUGGCAAGAUGGUUCAUGGUAUGGUUAUUGGGGAAUAUGCUUUCUAUAUGGCACAUUUUUUGCACUAGUAGGCUUGGAAUCUGCUGGAAGAACAUAUGACAAUAGUGAAGCAGUUCGUAAAGCGGUUAAAUUUCUUCUGUCGAAACAAAAUGAAGAGGGUGGGUGGGGAGAGAGCAUUGAGUCUUGCCCCAGUGAAGUGUACACACCGUUAGAUGGAAAUCGGACGAACCUGGUUCAAACUUCAUGGGCUAUGCUAGGUCUUAUGUCAGGUGGACAGGCUGAAAUAGAUCCGACACCCUUGCACAAAGCAGCCAAGAUCUUGAUUAAUGCACAGAUGGAUAAUGGAGAUUUUCCUCAACAGGAGCUUACUGGAGUCUACAUGAGGAACUGCAUGUUGCAUUAUGCAGCAUAUAGGAACAUAUUUCCACUUUGGGCACUUGGGGAAUAUCGCAAACGAGUUUGGGUCAAUUGAAUCAAGAGCCUGAAGUAAGCCGAAAAUAUGUGCAAAUGAUAAGCCAGCCUAUGUGUCCAAUAUAUUGUAAUCUCAUUAUCAUAAUCUUAGUCAAUGAUGUUAUUGUAACAAAAAUAUUGCAUUGACUAUGCAAUAUCUAGUUCCACAAGUUCAUUAGACGGCUUCUAAGCAAUUGUUAUCAAGGCAGUCGAUCCAUCUUCUAUCCAAGCCCAUACAGCCCAACAACUGGCUUGAUUGAUUUCUAUGAAUGCAGCUCACGUGUGCCUUUGCCAAGUUUUUAUUAUUAUCUUGUGUUUUAGUAUGAGUGUUUUUUUUCCUAUAUGUUCAUGUUCAAUCAAGUGUAAAUAUGUAGCACAAAUACAUGUAAAUUAAAUGAAAAAAGGACACACUUUUUCUUGUA